AAUUAAAUAAGAUGAUGAAAAAAGUCUAUACACUUCCAACACCAAGGGAGUAGAAGUCAAUAAUUCAACAGAAGAGUUAAUAGGAUAUAAUCAUAAAGUAGGGUUAAUUUGGGUAUAUUCCUGAUUAAACUACAAAGAAGGAAUAGUCAUCGAAGCCUUCCCGUCCAUACUUGAUGUUUAAACCUUAAUUGGUGGAAGAGGUGGAUGAGAACAACAUGAAAAAGAUGAAACUAUCCUUCCAUAACUCAAUAACCGACUUACAAACUUUUGAAGAAUUAGCAAAGGAAUCAAAGCCAAGAGAAUCCACUCCGAAUUUAAACCAAACUCCGACAGAGAAGUCUAAGCCUUUUGUUAGAAAGUCUAUGAAACACUUAACUCAGCUCUGAUGAAUAUAAAAUUUGUGAAAUUAUAUAUAUAUAUGACUUAUUUAAGUCAUUUAAUAUUGAUUUUUACAUA